ACUCAAAUCACUCUCAUUACACACCUCCGAUUCCGAUCCGUCCAUCAUGUCUCGCGCCGGAACCUGGUUCAAGAUGCUGGGAGCAGGUAUCGUAAUCUGCGUCGGCGGUCCAGCAUUCGUGCAAUCCAUCCGCCCCUCCGACGAAGAGCUAUUCAAACGAUACAACAAAGACCUCCAAAAACGCAGUCUGGAAGAGGGGGACCGCCGCGCACAGGAAUUCGACGAUUAUGUGAAUCGGUUAAAGCAGUGGUCGAAGUCGGAUAAGUCGAUCUGGGUCGCAGCACAGGAACAGGAAGACUUGAGACGCUCGCAGGUUGAUACAUCGGCGUCGCAGGGUAAAGAAGAAGCGAGGAUACAACGUGAGGAGAUGCGCAAGGAAUUGCUCGGUGAGAAAUGAGUCAGCUAUCUAAGUUGAUGUUAUGUUCUUGGAGAUAUCAUAUCCGACCCAUGGCGUCUAUCAAGCGACGGUGAAGAAGGAACGGAUGCCCACCGUGGUCUUCCUCAUACUGUAUUUAUACCUAUGUUCACGGCCAUUGCUUGAGGGCAUCUCAUGCUGAAAUGACUGGGAGUAUGGACGUACUAUUGGGACUCGUUCAUGUCUAUAAAAUGAUCUAUUGUAUAAUAAAUGACACACCACUACUAUUACGACAUGG